AUGAUUCUUAAAAGAGCUCAAUGCAUUCAAACAAACGGCGCAAAUAUCCUACUUUCUUACCGUGUUGAGGACUUGUCCACUGAUUCAUUAGAGUUCAGAUAUACGCAGAAAGUCCUUGCUUUCAACUUCGUGAGCCAUAGCUAUGGACUUAUGAAAGGGUGGAUGUCCAUAAGUGCAUUCGAACAGAGACGAGCUCAAGAGCCAUUGAUGUGAGCAUUCUGUAAUUGUGCUACUCUUACGCUCGAGUUAUCAAUGCUAGAUGUUGCUUUUUCUCACUUUUGUGCAUUUAUAUGGUUUUUUAAUAUCGUUAUCUAAGGGUCGUAGAUUCUUUUCUUUUCUCAAAGAGAUGGUAUGUUAACGUGACUUCACUCACUUGUAAGCAGUAUUUCUAAAUACAUAAUGGUCCCUUGUAGAUACUAUUGUCGAUAAUGACUAUGUGGAACAAAUAGAAUUACAGAAAAACUUUGGAAACUCAGUACAGGAAUUUUUUGUUUUUGUUGUAAAGUUGUAUUCCACAUCAAAAUUCGGCUUUCCUUGUGAUUCAUUUUUUUUUCAGGGUGGACCUACAGG